CACACAGAGAGAGAGAGAGAUGGGGAUUUGAAUUUGUUAUUACCGUUUGGAAGAGAGAGAGAGACGGAAUUUAAUGGCAUAUGGAUAAACAACACUUUUUGCCACUUAAGUUUGUCGUAUAUAUGUUAAAGUGACGACAGAACAACGAAAUUAAAAAAAUACAGCCUUUUCCUUCUAUCUCUCUCUCUUUCUUACUGUUCAAGCACUUUUGAACGCCACAUUGUGUGUAUUUCUUUUUUUUUUUUCUCUCCCCUCCAUUAAACAUCUUUUUGGCACACACUUUGUCAUCGUCGUCGUCUCUCCCUCCCCCACAAGAUUGAUUUUGUUGAUUACUUGUUUCCCUCUCCCGACGUUGGAUGAAUGACGGUGGUGAUGACGCAUGCGUCUGCAACACUCUGAAAUUUAGGGUUAUUCAUCCCAAGGGACAACCUUUUUAGCUGCAUUAUUGUGUGUUUUGAGAGGUGCUAUCUUGUGUGUGCUUUCUUCCGCCGUAUUUCUUUUUUCUUUUUGGUGCCAUCGAGUUAUUCGAGUUUCUUACGACGAAAGCACGUUACGUCGAUCAGGCGUGUCUGCACAUCCCUUGUCGGGAACAACCCUUUCACACCUCUCCUUCCAUCACCUCCACUACCAUACGCGGAACAGUCUAGUCUCCGCAUUCGCCUAGUCUCGACUCUCCUUGGUUCAAAUUUCGGUUCGUCUUGUUCGAAAAUCCCGACGAUGGGGGAACUCGACCAUCCCGUCCCACCACCAACCCCACUAUCACCACAUCACUGCGCACCCUCCGCCUCUGCUCGGUCUUCGUUUUCGUCGCAAACGUCCGGAACUUCAACCUCGUCUCGGAAUCAGACACGAACGCCGACACCCCCAGUCCAAGAGCCCCAGAGGACACGAAAACGAAAUCUGGAUGCAGCAGUAUCACUGCCUGCUGAUGCAACAGUGUUGAAACCACCAUCAGUCAUCGAUGGUGGUAACUUUCACCCAAAUCAGAUUGACCAGCGCACUCUGCAUAACGGUGCUCUCCCAUCUACUACCCCCCAACUUCUUCCCCGCUUACCCCCCGUCAACGAUCUCAAUCUGAAUUCGAGUCGUCAACUCUACCCUUGGGACAUGAAACUCCCCGAUAUCCAACAACCGCACAUCUUGAACCCGCCAGCGCAUUCUGUCUCGCUACCCUCACUUGGGCCCCUAACAACCUCACAAUUCAGGGACGUGGACCUGGAUUCGACACGAACCAAGCGAGCACGUAAAGCCAACAUGGCACCGAACCUAUUAAAGCCUAUUCAACCAAUUCUUUCCCAACUUGUCCCGACGUUGGUAAAUCCUUCAUCCCUUUCCCCAGUUAUGACGAGUAUGCCGCAACGACAAGAGCCGCAAUCAUAUAGUGGUCGGGAUUCAGGGUCGAGUGAUGACCCUCCUAAAAGCCAAUCGCAAGAUCAUGACUCUGAUUCAGAAAACGGCAUAAUGGAUCGCGGAGCGAAUGUAGCGAGUUCUUUGAAGAGAAAGAGAAAUGCAUCGGACGAGUACGAUGUAAAAGAGUCUAAAUUGGCGCAUAAGCGAAAAAUGAACGCAGAAGCCGCUAGAAGGUGCCGAGAACGGAAAGCGCAGCGCAUCCAAAGUCUCGAAGACCAAAUCACAACGGUUGAACAAUCCAACGCAGAACUCAUUAUGCGCAACGCCAUUCUUGAGAACGAACGACGAGCUUGGAAAACGACCGAAACCAGUCUUCGAGACCGGGUAUCCAAUUUAGAAGACCGAUGCAAAGAGCUGGAAGCCCAGCUGCAGAAUGCAAGGAUGGGAUUAUUGUUUCAUGCUGCAAGUCAGACUGGGAGUGGGUUGGGAAGUCCGAUUUCACCAGAGGCGGAGUUGGAGGAGUCCCAGGGUGCGUUGAAACAAGAGGGAACCAACAAAGUGGAUACAAAGGACGAGUCAGUGGUGGAGGCACCUGUUGUGGGAACUGAGACUUGAAAAAACUGGGUUAAAAUGAAAACUCUUUUAAUGUGUUGAUCUUACGUCAGUUUUUUCCUGUUGUAGUUGUUUUGUCCCUGCUUUUCUGUAA